CCAGGAGGGCAGCAGCAGCUCCAUUCAUCCCAGCUCCUGGCCCCAAUCGGGGGAGGAAUCUUCCCUUGGCCAUGGCUUCCCUGGGGCAGAUCAUCUUCUGGAGCAUUAUUAGCAUCAUCAUUAUUCUGGCUGGAGCAAUUGCACUCAUCAUUGGCUUUGGUAUUUCAGGGAAACACUCUAUCACAGUCACUACCUUCACCUCCGCUGGGAACAUUGGAGAAGAUGGAAUCCUGAGCUGCACUUUUGAACCUGAUAUCAAAUUGAAUGGUAUUGUGAUACAGUGGCAGAAGGAAGGUGUCGUGGGUUUGGUCCAUGAGUUCAAAGAAGGCAAGGAUAAUCCUUCAGACCAGGAUAAAAUGUUCAGAGGCCGGACAGCAGUGUUUGCUGAUCAAGUGAUCGUUGGCAAUGCUUCCUUGAGGCUGAAAAAAGUGCAACUCACAGAUGCUGGCACCUACAAGUGUCACAUCACCACUACCAAAGGCAAAGGGAAUGCUAACCUGGAGUAUAAAACUGGAGCCUUCAGCAUGCCAGAGAUGAACGUGGAAUAUAAUGCCAGUUCGGAGAACUUGCGUUGUGAGGCUCCCCGAUGGUUUCCCCAGCCCACGGUGGUCUGGGCAUCCCAAGUUAAUCAGGGAGCCAACUUCUCAGAAGUCUCCAACACUAGCUUUGAGCUGAACUCUGAAAAUGUGACCAUGAAGGUGGUCUCGGUGCUCUACAACGUCAACAUCAACAACACGUACUCCUGUAUGAUUGAAAACAACAUUGCCAAAGCCACAGGGGAUAUCAAAGUGACAGACUCUGAGAUCAAGAGGCGGAGCCACCUACAGCUGCUGAACUCAAAGGCUUCCUCUUGUGUCUCCUCUUUCUUUGCCAUCAUCUGGGUACUCCUGCCACUCUCCCCUUACCUGAUGCUAAAAUAAUAUGCCUUGGCCACACAAAAACAUGCAAAGUUAUUGGCACAACAGGGGGAAAUGAAUUCAUGGCUAGAAGUCUGGAGUGAACAAACAAGAACAAGAAAUAAAAAGAAGAAAAAAGCAACCCACAGAAGACUCCAAUAUGAACAAGACACAUGUUAAAAGUUGGGGAAAUCAUUCAUCCAGACUGGAGAAGCAUGUUCAGACUGCUCAAUAGAAUGCAUGUGGAGACAAGUAUAUUCCCAUGACUCAGGGACCUCCCCUUCCCCGUUAACUCCUGGGGAGUGAGAGGAUGGGAUAAUUGCAUCUCACUGAAUCCUUAGUUAUAUGUGCUGUAAUGUGGCUUUGAAGAAGUUCCUGGAAAGUUUCAAUCACCAUGUAUUCAUAUCUCAUAUUCUGCGCACAGAGCUGUGGUAUAUGCUCUAAGAAGCUGCAAAUCAGCUUCACAACUCAGAGGUGACUGCAUUUUCAUGAAGGGUCAAAUGAUUCGCUUCUCAUUACAAUGCUUUCAAAAGUGCCUUGGCUGCUUCUCCCACUUGACAAAUGCCAAAGAUGUGGGAAAUUAUAAUUUUGGUGUAAACAAAGAAGUUGGGUGACACUGGUUUUCUAGAUAAUCUUAGCACCUUCUUUUUUGAACAAAUGGCAUUUUAUUUCUCAGAUUGGCAUUGACCUGUGAAUGGCCCAGGGAAGGAUCUCUCACCUUACUAUGUGACGUUGUGUCAUUACAAGGUUUGAGGGUUCUACUUUCUUUCUAUACCUCAGCUUUCAACAGCAUCCAAAGCACUGGGACUCAAUUGGAGUGAUUUUACUCCCUCUUAUCUCUCAGGGACAUUUGGCAAUGUCUGGAGUCAACUGUGGCUGUCACCACUCAAGUAAGGCAGUGCAAGGUGCCACUGUCACCUAGUGAAUGGAGCCCAGGGAUGCUGCUUGAUAUCCUACAAUGUACAGGACAUUUCCCCACAACAGGGAAUUCUCUGUCCCAAAUGUCAAUUGUGCCAAAGUCAUGGAACCCUGAUUUAGAGUAGAAAGGAAACUAGGAAAGAGGAGAGCAAACAAAUCUAUUUGCUUCUUAAAAACAGGCAUUGGCAUCUGCCCCUUUGGCUACUGCUCCUUUGGCUACGGCUUCAGCUCAGAGAGCCAGAUCUCUGUGUUGGGCAACCAGAAUAACAUCUUUCAGUGAACAGAGUUGACAAGGCAUGUGGGAAAUUCCUAAUGGGAUUAUCUUUAGCUCAUUGAGCUUCUAAAUUCCUUUCCCUUUAUUCUACCCUAUGAACUAAGCUCUGUACGAAACCUAAAUUCCAUCUCAAGUUCUUUCACUCUGGAUUUUAGGUCUCAGGACUCUGCUUAGCCAAAAUACAAAUUAAGGCAACAAAUAUGAACCUUUCUUGAACACAUGGAGACUUCAGAGGGUUUUUUGGUUUUGUUUUUGUUUCAUCUUUUUUCUUUUUUUAGGGUUCUGACGGGGCCUGGAGUGAGCUAGGUAAGUGUUCUACCACUGAGCUCUAUGCCAGCCCACACAGAGACUUCUAAAAGAAAGCAGGGAAAUAACCUUUUGAGGCUUUGAGGAACAAAAUCUUGAUGAAAAAGAAUGUUUGUUUCCAGCCCCCUCCCCACACUUUUCAUGGCCCUUUGGACCACCAUGUCUGUGUUACAUUUUGUUAUAGAAAACCUCAUUUUAGAGCGCUGACCACUCAAGAGAAAGAUUAUUAAAUAUACAUUUCCUA